AUGAAGGAAACGUUUCUGGCGGAAAUGAAAGCGGAGAACAUCCAGCGAUUUUUACACAAUUUCACACGACGUCCUCACUUGGCGGGUACAGAGGAGAACCUACACCUUGCCGAACAAAUACAAGCCCAGUGGAAGGGAUUUGGCUUGGAUUCAGUUCAUCUGGCCCCCUACGACGUCCUGCUGUCCUACCCAAAUGAAACGAAUCCCAACUACAUCUCAGUUGUCGACGAACAGGGGCAUGAGAUUUUCAACACAUCAUUAAUUGAGCCUCCUCCUCCGGGGUAUGAGGACAUUGGAGAUGUAGUUCCACCCUACAGCGCAUUCUCAGCCCAGGGCACGCCUGAGGGAGAUCUUGUGUACGUGAACUACGGCCGCAUAGAGGACUUCUUCAAGUUAGAGCGGGAGAUGGGAAUUAAUUGUUCCGGGAAAAUUGUCAUUGCCAGAUACGGAAAAAUCUUCAGAGGAAACAAGGUGAAGAACGCCGAGAUGGCUGGGGCGACAGGUGUCAUUUUAUACUCUGACCCCGCAGAUUCCUGUGCCCCUGGAGUAAAUCCUUACCCAGAGGGUUGGAACCUCCCGGAAGGAGGAGUCCAGCGUGGGAACGUAUUAAAUCUGAACGGGGCCGGGGAUCCUCUGACCCCAGGAUAUCCAGCCAAAGAGUAUGCCUACCGCUAUGAUGAAGCAGAAGCCGCAGGCCUCCCCAAAAUCCCUGUCCAUCCUAUCGGUUACCGUGAUGCCGAGCAGCUACUGAAGGACAUGGGAGGGCCUGCCCCCCCGGACAGCUGGAAGGGAAACCUCUCGGUGCCUUACAACGUUGGGCCAGGGUUCGGAGGAAGUGCCUCAAAAAGGAAGGUCAAAAUGCACAUUCACAGCUUCAACAAAGUGACAAGAAUAUACAAUGUGAUUGGUACUCUCCGAGGAGCUGUAGAACCAGACAGGUACGUUAUUCUAGGAGGCCACCGUGACUCUUGGGUGUUUGGAGGAAUCGAUCCUCAGAGCGGGGCUGCUGUCGUUCACGAGAUUGUCAGAAGCUUCGGAAAGCUAAAGCAGAAUGGAUGGAGACCCAGAAGAACAAUCAUCUUUGCCAGCUGGGAUGCUGAGGAAUUCGGCUUGCUGGGAUCUACAGAGUGGGCUGAGGAAAAUGUCAAACUGUUGCAGGAGCGCGCGGUGGCCUACAUCAAUGCCGACUCCUCCGUAGAAGGCAACUACACCCUCCGGGUUGACUGUACCCCCCUGAUGUACAGCCUGGUGUACAAUCUGACUAAAGAGAUACCAAGCCCUGAUGAAGGGUUCGAAGGCAGAUCUCUCUACGAAAGCUGGCUGAAGAAAAACCCGUGGAAGGAUGUCCCCUGGAUCAACAAACUUGGCUCGGGCAAUGAUUUCGAAGUCUUUUUCCAGAGGCUGGGCAUCGCGUCUGGCAGAGCUCGUUACACUAAAAAUUGGAAAGUGGACAAAUUCAGCAGCUACCCAGUUUAUCACAGUGUCUACGAGACCUAUGAGAUUGUGAAGCGGUUUUAUGACCCCACUUUUAAGAACCAUCGGGCUGUGGCCCAGGUCCGGGGCGGGCUGGUCUUUGAGCUGGCAGACUCCCUUGUCCUUCCUUUCGACUGCCGGGAUUACGCAGGGGCGUUACAGAGCUACGCCGAUGUCAUUUACAACAUGACUCAGAAAUAUUUGACAGAACUGGCAGCGUACCGUGUAUCGUUGGAUCCUCUUUUCUCCGCAGUGAAGAAUUUUUCAGAAGCUGCCGGCGACUUUCACAGAAGGUUGCAGCAACUGGAUACCAGAGACCCACUUGCAGUGAGAUCUCGGAACGACCAGCUGAUGUUUCUGGAAAGAGCAUUUAUCGAUCCUCUGGGUUUACCUGGCACGCCAUUUUAUAGACACGUCAUCUUCGCUCCCAGCCGCCACAACAAGUACGCUGGAGUGUCUUUCCCGGGAAUCUACGACGCCUUGUUCGAUAUCGGCAACCGGGCAAACCCAGGCAAGGCGUGGGAGGAAGUAAAGAGGCAGAUCUCCAUUGCAGCCUACACGGUGCAAGCGGCCGCUGGGACUCUGAGGGAAUCAGCAUGA